AUGGCCAGCAUGAAGCCCCUCAAGGUCGUGUCUGAAGCAACUAGAGAGCGCGAGACCUUCAGAUAUGACCCGUCGCUCCUCACAAACUUCACUUUUUACUGCGAUGGACGAUUACCUCCCAAGCAUGAGCUGAGGAGUGCGUCUGAUUCUAUCCUCACGGGUCUUGCGCAGCUGGGUACAUGCCAGACAGGCACCGACAGGGCCUUCGUCUCCUUGUUUGAUUCGAGCCACCAAUACGUCGUUGCAGAGGCGACACCAUCGAUGAGAAUCGCUCCAGACCUCCCAAAUCUGACUUGUCCAGAGUCGUUGUUGCUAUGCGGCACUGCCAUCCCCCGAAAUCAAGGUACAUGCGAUCAUGUGCUGUACAUGAAGCAGGAGUCCAAUGCAGAGCUCCCGUUAUCUUUGGUCCCCAAUCUGGCCGAGGACUCGUAUUUCUCAUCCAGACCUUACUGUCAAUUUGGGGAAUCUGGCCAAUUCUACGCUGCCGUCCCCAUUCGCACACCGAGAGGCAUCGACAUUGGUGCCUACUGUGUCAUGAGCACCACUCAGCCUUCGACAUGGAACGAUCAAAGUGCGCAGCGUAUGAGAGAUGUAUCUCUCGCCAUCACGAACCAUCUCCAGCUCAAGCGAUCAAAGCAUGAAGCCCGGAACCAUGCGCGCGUCAAUCGUGGUCUAGGCUCUUUCAUUGCCGGCAAAGGCACUCUGACCGGCUGGCAUACAGCGGCAAAUUUGGAAGCCUUUGUCGACGAUGACGCAUUGGAAGGAGCCCUGAAUGCCGAACAACAGCACUCGGAAUAUCUGGAAGGCAAUCAAAGACAAGGAGCGCAUAUUUCAUCAGAACUACAAGACCAAGGGUUCAACAAAUUGCACCAGCACGCUUCGCCUCCAGCGACCAAUUCUUUACCAAGCAUACUGAAGCUCGCCAAUUUGAACGACAACGCUUUAGAACGUAUCUUUUCAAAAGCUGCCAACAUUAUCCGGGAGGCAUUCGAGGUUGAGGGUACUGUCUUCCUCGACGUAGCAAUGGGUUCCUACAGACGACCACAGGCUUCCCCGACAGAGGAAGUUCCCAAUAUUGAUCAAGUUUUGGGUCAGGCAUGUUUGUCAAGCAGCAGCGAUGAGCAGCCACAGACGCCGGCAGGGCAGGUACCCGACGAAUCUUCAUGUGAUCUGCUGGGAUUCUCUAAUACAGACUUUUCCAGCGUCAAUGAUUCUACCCUCAUCAAUGGCAGUAUUGGAGAUCUCCCUCAACGAUUCCUUGCGAAAUUACUUCAUCGGUACCCGGAUGGAAAGAUAUUCAAUUUCGAUUCGGUUGGCGAAUUGCAGACCAGCGACUCAUCGGGAGAUGACGAUGUGCUCAAAAACCGCCCCGAUACCGCCCUCCCACAGACUACUUCCGAGGGAACCCGCCGCUUUCCAGAUGCGGCUCAGAGGAAGAGAGCUGGAAAUAUGUACAGCCGAUCUCAGGAAGGGGCUUUGAUCCAUCGAGCGUUCCCCGGUGCGCGCAGCGUUGCUUUUAUACCGAUCUGGGACCCCAAGAGAGAGCGUUGGAUGGCCGGAGGCUUCAUCUACACUUUCACGCCUACGCGCGUCUUCUCUACCGACAGCGAACUUGCAUUCCUGGGAGCAUUCGCGAAGCUGAUCGCCGCCGAGGUUCUCAAUCUCGAAACGGUAAAGGCUGACAUGGCCAAGUCUGAUGCUUUGGGCGCUCUGUCGCACGAAUUACGAUCGCCUCUACACGGUGUAAUUCUCAGUACCGGUCUGCUGAAUGACACAGAUCUCAGUGUCUUUCAAGUAAAUGCGAUCCAUACGAUUGAAACUUGUGGUCGCACUCUGCUUGAUACCAUCGACCAUCUCCUAGACUAUUCGAAAGUCAACAGUUUCGCUGCUAAGAGGGUAAACUCGACUACUAAUGGCAGGGAGCAUCGGAAGAUGAGCAGGUCCGACCUUUUCGGGAAGAAGUCAUUGUUCAGACACACCAGACUCGAUGCGCUCGUUGAAGAUGUCGUCGAGAGUGUCUUUGCAGGGUUCAAUUUCCAGCACAUGUCCAUCCGACAACUAUCCAAGCAGAACAGGUCGAGUCACGCGGACAACGCUGCGCACAGUCGACUAGACGGAGUACUGGCAAUGGAGCAACUUGGAUCGAAUUUCAACGACAGUAACGACAAGCUCUCUGCGUUCAAAAACACCGCGGUGUACCUUUCGAUGGAUCCGAAGUGUCACUGGAUGUUCUACGUACAGCCGGGAGCCCUCCGUCGCAUCGUCAUGAACCUAUUGGGCAACUCUCUAAAGUAUACGGCUAGUGGCAUCAUCCAUGUAUCUCUUACACAGCAAUCUGCAAGGCGCUCAUCGAAUGAGAGAUUGGUCAGGUUAACAGUACACGACACCGGCAAAGGCAUGGGCGAGGACUACUUGCGACACAAACUAUUUAAGCCGUUCUCCCAAGAGGACGAGUUCACGCCCGGUAUAGGCUUGGGCUUGAGCCUGGUGAAGAAGAUGACUACGCAAUUGCAUGGUCAAAUUUCUGUUGAAAGCAAGCUUGGAGUGGGCACCACGAUUGUCGUGACGUUGCCCCUCGAACAAACAUCCAGGAGACUCCUUGGCACUCACGGGCUGACCGAUAGGGACCGCGUGUUUAAAGAGCAAGUAAAAGACCUGACCAAUCUCCGUGUGCGCUUACGAGGCUUCGGUCCAGAAUGGAGCAAGGACGGCCGCACGUUGGUAGAAGAGGUUUGUUGUCGCUGGCUGCAUUUGGAGUUGGUGUCAGGUCAAGACAAGAUCCCCGAUCUCAUCCUCUGGUCAGAAGAUGCUUUACCGAGCUCCAUGGAUGACGUUGCUCAGCUGGCAAAGAUACCGAACGUUGUUGUCUGCCGGGAUGCUCUGGCAGCCUAUCGGCUUUUGACAAGACACGAGAAUCUUGGGCAAGAUGGGAUCUUUGAGUGCAUGUCUCAGCCAUUGGGACCUCGAGCUCUCGCAAGAGCACUGUUGCGUGCCUAUGAGCGAUGGGUCGGCUUGCCUCAAUUGGUGAUGGCGGUCCUACCUCGACCAGCACCAAGCCCUGUUCGUGUCGUAGAUCCUGCGAGAUCUGAGGCCGAAAUGAAACCUACUGAUAGCCGGCCCGAGGCCAAUAUUACGGCUAAUUCUUCCAACAGAAAGGUCCGCAAGCUUCUACUGGUGGACGAUAACUCGAUCAAUCUCAAAGUACUGUCUGCCUACAUGAGAAAGCUUGGCCAAACAUACGCCGUCGCCACAAACGGCAAAGAAGCCGUUGACGCAUAUACAUCGGAUCCGGGCAUGUUCGUUGGCAUUCUAAUGGACAUUUCUAUGCCAGUCAUGGAUGGUCUUGAAGCAACAAGGCAGAUCCGCGCACAUGAACGCCGGGCCCAGACAGCACCUGCGACGAUCAUUGUGCUGACAGGUCUGGCAUCGGACAGAAUACGCAAUGAGGCUUUCGAGAGUGGAGUGACAGUGUUCCUUACGAGACCUGUAGGAUUGAUCUUGCUAAGGGAAACAUUGGAUGCGCAAGGGUUAUUGCCGAGAGAGAAGAUGGUUCGUAGUGGUUCGUAG